AUGCCUCCAGAGACCAGGUCCCAAGAUGUGAGAAGGUGUGACGGUUCCUUGGAAGCUGCUAACCAAAGAAUCGAUGGAAUAGAAAUCAAACUGAACACACAGUCGGAUGAUCUUGGCCAACUCAAGGCUAUGAUGAAAGAAAUAGCUACUCAGCAGAUUGCGAUAAAACACACCCUACAAACUCUCACUGGAGAGACUAGCUCCUCCCAAAGGCCCCAUGCUCCUCAACCGCCUACAACAAACUGCAGUCAAGGGUGGGUUGGAGAAGGUUCACAAGGGUCUUACAGGUUUCACAAGCCCAAGAGGAAUUUUCCAACAUUUGAAGGCGAAGAUGUGCAUAAGUGGUUGUAUAAAUGCAAUCAAUAUUUCGACCUUGAAGAGAUAGCAGAGCCAGACAAAUUGAAACUAGCCUCCUACUACUUGGAUGGGUUGGCACUGUAUUGGCACCAGAACUUCAUCAGAAACUUGGAAGGACAGGACACGACUUGGGCAGAUUAUGUUGAAGCCCUGUGCUGCCGGUUUGGAGGACAAAAGGACCCCUUGGAGGAGUUAACAGAACACAAACAAGCUGGGAAUCUUGAAGACUAUAUCAAGGAGUUUGACAUGCUCUGGAAUAGAGCUCAGGUAUCGGAAAAGCAAGCCUUAGUAUUUUUCUUGGGAGGGUUAGAGACUGAGAUUAAGAACUUAGUAAAAAUGUUUGAACCCAAAUCUCUCAAACAAGCAUAUAACCUAGCUAGGCUCCAUGAUAACACACUCACGUAUAGAAAAAACACUCCCCAUUACACUAAACUUCCAGCUCAAACAAAUACUUACCAACACAACCAAAGGCCAGCUUACCCCACUCCCUCCAGCAGUUCAACUUCCAACUCCACCUUCACUACGUUUAAAUCUCCCCAGCCUGCCUUACUACCUACCCCUAACAGGCCACCAUUCAACAACGCAACUGUCAACUCCAACCCCAGACCCUCCAGACCUAUUAGAACCAGGGAGAUGGAUGAGCGUAGAGCCAAGGGAUUAUGCUUUUGGUGUGAUGAAAAAUUUGUACCAGGACAUAGAUGCAAAAACCGAAAGCUAUACUCACUAUGCAUCAUCGAAGACGAAGAAGAAAACUCUGAAGAGGAGGAAACCAUUGAAACCAUGAAUGUAGAAGCCCUUAUCCCUCAUCUAUCAUUACAUGCAUUGCAGGGCACCACGGGGUGCCACACCAUCAAGGUAUGGGGCAAACUAGACAAAUGCCCUAUAUUCAUUUUGAUUGACUCAGGCAGCACCCACAACUUCCUUAAUGCCAACCUCGCCAGUAAACAGAAUUGUCUCCUGACACCCAUCAAACCUAUGCUAGUAGAAGCCGCAAAUGGGGGUACCAUGUCUUGUACUAAGCUCUGCAAGAACCUGCAGUGGAAAAUGCAAGGCGUCCAGUUCCAGGCGGAUGUUUUUGUAAUGCCUUUACAAAGCUACGAUAUGGUCCUAGGCAUACAGUGGUUGAAGUUACUGGGAAAUGUAUUAGCCAAUUACGAAGACAAAUGGAUGAAUUUUUGGUGGGAAGGAAAUGAAGUGACACUAAAGGGGGACAAUCCUAUACUCACCCAGUCCAUUCGACUGGAAGAGUUAAGUGGACUACUUGCACGUAAAACACUGCUGGCAGAGGUGAAUAUUUGCAGUCUAAGAGUGCUGGAGGUGGAGGGCACAACACUCAGCUAUCAGGAAGGGUACCUUCCUGCCCAGCAUGCAGAGGAGUUUCCAAUUCAGGCACUAUUGGAUACUUAUUCUCAUAUUUUCAGAGAACCAGUGGAACUACCUCCUGCCAGAGGACAUGAUCAUAGGAUACCUCUGAAAGAUGAAAACCUGACAGUCAACCUAAGGCCAUACAGAUACUCAGGGUUGCAAAAGGAUACCUUGGAGAAACUGGUGGCUGAAAUGCUAGACGCUGGAAUUGUUCAACCAAGCCACAGUCCGUUUGCUUCUCCAGUAGUGCUAGUCAAGAAAAAAGACCAUACAUGGCGAUUUUGUGUGGACUUUCGCGCUCUCAACAAGCUGAUUGUAAAAGAUAAGUAUCCCAUCCCUAUUAUUGAUGAAUUAUUAGAAGAAUUGGAAGGAGCAACCAUUUUCUCUAAAAUUGACUUAAGGGCAGGCUACCAUCAGAUUCGAAUGGACCCUAAAGAUGUGUAUAAAACUGCAUUUCGCACUCACAAUGGCCAUUUUGAAUUCCUUGUCAUGCCCUUUGGGCUCUCUAAUGCCCCAGCAACCUUCCAGAGUUUAAUGAAUGACAUCUUUAGGCAACAUUUGAGGAAGUUCAUUUUAGUUUUUUUUGACGAUAUAUUGAUCUAUAGCAAGAGCCGGACAGACCACUUGCAUCACCUUACUGUUGUGUUUGACAUAUUAUGUGCCAACCAGCUGGUUGCGAAGAAGGAGAAGUGUGUAUUUGGCAGCAAUCAGAUGGAGUAUUUGGGCCACAUUAUCACCAAAGAAGGAGUGGCCACCGACCCUAACAAAGUGGUAGCAAUGAUGAAUUGGCCUAUUCCUACUAAUAUCAAACAACUACGGGGAUUUUUGGGGUUGACUGGAUACUAUAGGAAGUUUGUGAAAGGGUAUGGGGAACUCUGA